AUGGGGAAGACCGGCCAGCUCACCAUCUUCUGGGGCCGGAACAAGGACGAGGGCUCUCUCAGGGAAGCCUGCGACACCGGCCUCUACACGGCGGUAAUCAUGUCCUUCCUCAACGUCUACGGCCACGGCAAGUACCGCCUCGACCUCUCCGGCCACCCGCUCGCCGGCAUCGGGGGCGACAUCAGGCACUGCCAGUCCGUGGGCGUCACCGUCUCCCUCUCCAUCGGCGGCUUCGGCGGUGACUACGCGCUCCCGACCAACCGGUCCGCGCUCGACCUCGCCGACCACCUCUGGUUAUCCUAUCUCGGCAGCAGGCGCAGGGGCGUGCGCCGCCCGUUCGGCCGCGCGCGGUUCGACGGCGUGGACCUCUUCCUGGAGCCGGCGUGCGCGGAGUGCCGAGCCAUGGAGCCGGCGUGCGCGGGGUGCAGGCGUGAGGCGGGGGGCGAAGCAAGGCCGAUGGCGAGCUCGAGGCGAGGCGGAGCCGGCCCGGUGCAGUCCGGCAGCUGA